GCAAUCACCCAGUGAGGCAUAUAAGCACACUUGUUUUGCUUUUGAUUAAGAUUGUCUUACACAGUGGAGACCAUGGACUUCAGUAUGGCAGAGGAUGAAUGUCCGGUUUGUAAGGACAUUAUUCAGAAUCCUUCAGAGCCGUCUUCAUGCUGCAGAAAAGUGUUUUGUCAGUCUUGUCUAACACGGUCCAUUAGAGAACGGCAUCACUGUCCCUACUGCAGGACCCCAAUACGUGCCUAUGGUAGUUUUACACGCGGGUCUGGCAGGAUUCCCCUGCCAGGGCUCACAGAUGACACCUUCAGUGCUGCACGUCCUGUUGGCACCAACAUACAGGAUGUCCUCAACCGGCUUAGACUGCCAGUGCCUGCAGUACCGGCCAACCAGGUGGCUGCAACCCCAGCUGCACAGGCCACUCCCCCUUCUUCUGCUUUACCACCUGUGGGAAGGCCAGUUCCCAGACCACGUGUUCGAUCCCGAGCCCAAGCGCGUGUAACUGCUGCUCCAAUUGUCCCUGUCAUUAACCCAUUUGCCAUUAAUAUCCAAGCAGCCCCUGCUGUACCAGUUGUCCCACCCCCAGCUCUACUGAGUGGUCCAGCAAACCCCUCCCCUCUUAUUAUACCAGACUCUUCAUCUGACGAGCUUGAUGAAAUGGCUUGGAGAACUGAAAUUACUCUCUUGGAAAAUGCACUUGGACAACCUUUAAGCCCCUCUGUGCGAACGUUCCAUUGUCCAUACUGCCAGCAGGAUGGAUUGGAUGAUCUGGAUCUGUUAGAUCACUGCAAUGCCAACCAUCUCAGUGACACCAGACGUGUGGUGUGUCCAGUGUGUGUGUCGCUGCCUCAUGGUGACCCACUGUACCACAGCAGGGACUUCAUUGGCCAUCUCAACCUACGCCACUGCUACUACAUUGAGGACAUAACUGUUACAUCACAUGAUGAGCUGGAAUGCAUGGGAGAAGCCAGAAAUGGUUCAGAUCACUGAAUAAUUCAAUGCAGUCAUCAUUGAAUUGUCAUAAGGUAUAACUGGAGUCAAACGAGCACUAUAAAAAAAACUUUUUUUUACGAGAAAAAAAUAUUUUUAUAGUGCUGUCUAUGACUCCUCAUAUAAAACUAAACACAGUAAACAGUAAAUCAGAGCUUGAUUUGAUGCAAUUUUGCAUGUGACUAUACAAGCCAAAGAAACUCCGCCUACUUUCACCUACAACAGUACAGAUGAUUCUAGGUUUGAAUUUGUAAUCGUUCCGUGCUGUACUGCACUGCCCGGUGCUGCUGAUACAAUAUAACUUGAGUAAAAGUACCAAAGAACUUGGUUGUGAAUGCACUUAAGUAUGAAAAGUGCUUUGAUUUAUUGUGGAUAUUGUUUAAUAUUGUUCUAAUGAACAAAGUACUCAGGAGACCUGUAUUACUAC